AUGUAUCGAAUGGUAAAAGUAGCAGACAAUGAUACAGAUUUCCAGAGAAUUGUCUGGAGAUUUGAUCCGUCGACUCCUAUACAAUGUUACAAAUUGUUACGUUUAACAUUCGGGACAGCAUGUGCGCCAUAUCUAGCUGUCAAGGUAUUGCACCGACUCGCUGAGUUAGAAGAGAAGAAGUAUCCAUUAGCGGCGAAAAUAACAAAACAAUGUUAUUAUAUGGAUGACUUGUUGGCAGGGUGUGACACGGUAGAUGAGGCAAUUAAAAUUUAUGAGGAAAUGAAUGAAUUGAUGAGGAGUGGGGGGUUUGAGUUACAAAAAUGGAGUAGCAAUAAUUACGAGUUCCUAGAGCAGAUUGGGAAAACUGAGUCGAGUGAUAGUUCAACUGUUAAACUGAAUGAUAUAAUCAAAGUGUUAGGUUUGAGAUGGAAUAGGAAGAAUGAUAAUUUUGAAUACGUAGUAAACUUACCUGAAUCUAAAAAUAUAGUCACUAAAAGACAAGUCUUAUCCGAAGUAGCGAGGUUGUAUGACCCUUUAGGUUGGAUUGCGCCCGUUGUAGUGAAAGCUAAGAUUUUUAUUCAGAAACUAUGGAAAUCUGAUCUUGGAUGGGAUGAGAAUUUGAUGGAUAAAUUACUUAGUGAGUGGCUGAAAUACAGGCAAGAGCUAAUAGAUUUUGAAAAUCUUAAAAUACCUAGGUGGAUAAAUUUUACACAAAAAUGCAAGAGAGAGUUACACGUAUUUUCAGAUUCUUCAAAAUCUGCUUUUGCGGCUGCAGUUUAUAUACGAGUGAUUGAUAGUUGUAGACUCGAGUAG